UACAAGAGAAACUUACUUGUAAUGAUUGUAAACAUAAAUGAUCAAUUCAAUUCUUAAAUUUAUUUAUGAUGAUUUUUACAGAUUUCACAAAAGCACAGACAAGACAACGAAGUCAGAGUCCAAGAGCGGGACCGACGGGUCGAGCAUUGGGCCUUAACCCCAAAACGUCAUCAUCAUCAUCGUCGUCAGAGUUCAGUUGUCCUGAAGAGUUCGGCUACUUUCCACAUCCGUCAGAUUGCAGUCUUUAUUAUGUCUGCGUAUUCGGCGGUGCUUUAUUAGAGAGCUGUACUGGUGGAUUGAUGUACAGUCACGAACUUCAAACAUGUGAUUGGCCACGAAAUGUUGGCUGUGAAAUGCGUGAGAUUACGGCUCCAUUGCCAGCACCUGCUCGUGAAGUAACGCCUCGCGUUCCAGUCUCUAGUAGAAUCAGAUUCUCAUCAUUACCGACAGAGCCUCCAUCAGGGCCUUCAGGUCCAUCUGGUCCAUCAGCACCAGCUCACAUUCAACAAAUUCAAACACUUCCACCACCACCAAAUCAACAACGAAUUAAUCCGAAUCCGAUCAUCACCUCACGAGGCCAACCAAAAAGUUAUUCAGAGGAUGAAAUUCUCAAACAAUUGUAUGCUGAAGCUCAUGACACUUUACCACCGGUAGAAGAGGAAGAAUCCGACAGACAACAGCGUGUUUACAGAGGUCAGCCAAGUACCGUUACACAAGUCCAAAGAGACCGUGACGGAAUCAUUCAUCAGCCGAGUGUCAACGCUAUCCCUACGCAACAGAAAGGCGGAUCUUUCGUCUUUAAUUCUCAGCUUCCGUCAUUCAGCCAUUCAUCACAAGCAACUGUCUUUAAUUUCGGCCCCAACGAUAAAAAGAACAAAAAAGAAGAAAACAAAGUCAUUCAAAUAACAACUAAAAAGCCAUCUUAUCAUCAAUAUCCGAUUCCGUCAAGCACGCCUAAAUAUAUUCCAGCGUAUACAACACCAAACCAUGGCCAUACAUUUAGCACAGUUCAACCCCCACGUAGUACCAGCAGCAUUCCAGCAAUUAUAAAAUUCCCCGAUGAUGUUUUUCAAGCUAUUCGACCAUUCGCUAGUCCGGCUCCCAACAUUAUUCAUUCUAACAAAUUUAACUCGCUGGUCAACAAGAAUAAUGACAUAACAAAGCCAACAACUUCAACAACUGAACGAACAAGUACGAAGAGAACAAAAAUAAAACUUUUAACAAAACCAGCAAAUACUAAAAUUUCGAAUAUUCAUCAAACAACAACAGUAAAACCGACUCGUUCGACCACCCGACGCAAGACUUACACAAUCAGACCAAAUCGUGGAAACUUGAAAUUCAAAGUGUCGACAAAACGACCCGACUUGACGCGACUGGAAAUUGACGAAAAAUUACCAAACAGAGUUGAGCAGUCAUCUCCAUCACCAAACUCUUAUAAUAUCCCGCAAAAGUCACAAAUUAAACAGAAUAAGAAUUAUUAUAAUACUAGCAAUUAUAAUCCAUCUUAUGAUCCCUACUACACGAUUUAUGACGAUGAGAUUUACGGUGAUGUUGAAUAUUCUAAUCAAUUCAGCAACCAACAAAAGUCCACACCAUCAUCGACAUAUCGGCCAACAACCUCACAAAGUCCACAAACAUUCGCACCAAAACCACAAACUCAACCGACGACUUAUCUAACUCAAACACAAGCGCCGAAGACGUAUAAUCAGCAAAUUUAUGACUACGAUGAAGCUCUCGUCGCACAACUUGAAGAAAGCGAUCGAUAUGGUCAACAUGAACGUCAACCAAACACUGACUUCAGGGGAGACAGAAAUGAAAUAAAUUUAUCUGAUCGCGCAAUAAUAAAAACUCAAUCGCCAUCUCGUAGCAAUGGCGUGAAGUUUUCAUCAGUUCCAGCUUUCGUCUCGCUUUCAACACCGGAACCAUUUUCCUUUAAACCUACUUCAUCCGUUACCCAUCGAACCUUCAGACCAACAACAGUUCUUACCACCAUUCCAUCUACGACUCCGUCUACCACUUCCACUAAAAGAACAACGGAAUAUCAAUAUGUGACUUCAAGAUCAUCGCUGUCGGAAGGUAGCAACAAUAAGACAGCUAAUAACCGUAUUAGAAUAACACUUUCUGCUCGCGCGGGUUCCCAUGAUAAACCGAUCCAUAAAGUUUACGUUCCUUUUUCUUUCCCAUCCCAAUCCCAAUCCUCAAGCACACCAUCAAUCCAUACAGCAGUUUACACUCAAUCAUUGCCCUUAACGACUUUGACAUCGACCACCACAAGUACGAUUCCACCCCAACCUUUAAUUUCAAGAGAUCCGUUGCCAUCUGACCAUUACUACUUUUCCGAUCAAGACGCUCCCCUAGAUUAUUAUGAAAAUGUUGACGAAAUAAAUAUUCCAUCAUCAUCAGUAUCAUUAAAUAAAAAUAACAAAACUCAUUCAUCCUCAUCAAUUCAAGCUUCAUCUUCAUCAACUCUUUCUCAUUCAUCCACCCCAUCUCAAAUGAUUGUUCACGUGAAUGAUCAUCGUGCAAAUCAGAAUCGUUUUCGAUAUAAAUUUUCUGAUUAUUUAGAACCGUCUCGUUACGAUCAAAGCACUUUAAAAUCAUAUUUCAUGUUGUCAUCAUCAUCUUCGACAACUGAAAUAAUUUUUAGUUCAAAGUUCAGAUCAACAACGACGACAACAGAAAAGCCCCCAAGUACGACAUCAACCAUUUCAACAACGACUCGUGAUCAAGAAUCACAAAGGCAAAAGAUUCUCUCGUUUAUCGUGUCCGAAAAUCAGCCGUCAAGCUUCAAAUUGUCAAAUCAAAAAUCUACUAACAGAAUUGUUAAUUCAAGUAAUUUAAGAGCUUAUGUAAAUACACAAUUGCCCGAAAGCACAACUGUUUCACACUCAAACACGACUUCCACUAAUUCACCUCGAUCACCAAAUAAUAAUUCUCCAAGCCCAACGAAAACAACAAUUCUCUUAUCGCGAGAUCAAUUGAAUCAAAACAAAACAAUUCGUUUAACUUUAACUUCAAGCCUUGAUUCUCAAUCUUCACCAUACAAGGCGUCAGCGUUGCCACUUAGAAGUCAAGGAACAGUUGAAGAGAUUCCAUUGAUAAAAUCAAGGCAACCGGAAACACGUCAAGUUCUUCAAUUGAACCCCAUUGAACCGACGACUUAUUCACCUCCAAAACCCUUUCGAUUUUCGAUUGAAACUACAACAAAAUCUGAAACCACAACAGCACUCCCUACAAGUUCUUUUAUAAUUGAUGAAAUUUCCCCUGAAUUAGAAUCUUUCCCUGCUCAUUCACGUCGUCGACCUUACGUUAAUGAUUUCUUAACAAACUCAAAUAUUCCAACGCGAUUUCCACCACGAACGACAACAUCAGAACAACCAAUUGAUGUGACAACAGAAGCUUCUACAACAUCAUCGACAACAGUUCCAUCAUUUCGAUCUGGAAUUCAAAGUUUCACAUCACGUGGCCUUGUUUUUAAAGAGAAUCUUAAUCGAACACUUGAACCUCAGAAUCUUAAGCCCAUUGUCUCGCCUUAUAUGAGUUUAGAGAAGCAGAGAUUGACAAACGCUAUUCGCACUACAUCACCAGCGCCACGAUCUCUUGACGCUUCUACAUCCACCACAACAUUCUUGCCUGUCACAUCUUCAACCUAUCGCAGCUAUUUUCUCAUAACUGCACCGAUAAAAAACAAAACAAUCCCAUCAACCUUCCUUUUCCCUGAAACAACGAGUACACCUAGAAGUAGUUCUAUAUUAACCACAAGCACGACAACAAAUUCUCCUUCUUCAUCAACAACACUAAAACCUUCACCUUUCAGUGUCAAAACUGAAUCGAAUUCUUUAACAUCGACCGAGAACAGUCGAGGUCGUUAUCGCCCUUUUGUAACUUUCACAUCAUCAAAUUCAAUUGUUGAAGAACCAACAACUUAUUCACCACGUUUACGGUUUAAUACGCGAACUCAAACCAUGGUUGAUUCAUCACUUCCCAUCAAUGAUCAACCUGCUUUACGACGUAAAGUCGUUCGAUUGAAAUCAGCAUUAACGCCGCCAGCUAAACCAGUUGAUUCAUUUAGUUCAUCGACUGAUCUCAAUCGUAUUGACGUCACGACUUCAACUCCCUUUAGAGAAGUCACUGACAAUAUUGUAGCAUUGCCAUCGAGAGAAACGAUUCAAUUUAAAACGCUUCCGUCAAAAUCUGCUGAAACAAUUCUGAGUAAACUUUCUUAUUCAAGUGACAGUCCUAACACUGCACUUCGGCUUAGAAAUAAUUUUAAUCAAUUGGCAAGUGUUCAAGAGUUGCGUAACAUGACAUUUGAUGACUUGAAAAAUAAACCAUUCUUUUAUAUUAGAUUUAAAAAUUCGAGUAAUGUUGAAGCUUUGGAAACUUCAACGAAAAAGUUUCGUGCGACUGUUGAAAUGCCCGUAAUGAAUGUUCCAUUAGAGAAAGAGCUGAACAGCUUCAGCAAUGCGAAAGUUGAAGAAGUUAAUGAUGAGGAAAAUUCUCAGAAAUCAUAUGAGAAUGAGUAUGAAAGUAGUCGUGAUUAUGACGCAUAUGUGGAUAGUUCAUCGACAACAACUGUCGCACCACCAUCCACAUAUGAUGAUAUUCAUUUUAAUACGACUUACAGUAAAAUCUUUACGACAUCGACAAGCACUUAUCAACCGACAACAAUGACAACAACGACAAGCACUUUGAGAACGACAGAGAGACAAACGACGACAACGACAACCGCCAAUCCUAAAAGUUUGAUCCCGCCGCGCGCUUCGCGUGUUAAUAAUGCAAUCAAGACAUCAAUUGUUGCUGGACUGCCACGCCGAAAUAGUGCCAGUAUAAAAUGUAACGAUAUUUCUUCCAAUGCAAAGUGCAACGAAAUUCCAUCGAGAACACCAAGUAGAAAUCGAGGCAGUUCGCAAUAUGCUGGAGACACGCAAUCAACUGUUUCGCAAAGUACUGGCCGUGGAACUCACCCACCUCGACCAGCACGCCCAACAUUGAAACCAUCGAAGACUGUUGUCGAACAUGCUCAACAAUAUGUUGACAUUUAUCGUUUCCCUCCAACGAGACCAGAGCCUUUGUAUCCACAGCCAACUCCUGAUAAGACAGCAGCAAAGUGUCGUAAAGAUGUAUGCCAAUUGCCUGACUGCUAUUGUGGUGGCAAAGACAUUCCAGCUGAUAUGCCCGUUGAACAAGUGCCACAAAUUGUGUUGUUAACCUUCGACGAUUCUGUGAAUGAUUUAAACAAGCAACUGUACCAAGAUCUGUUUGAACGUGGCCGUGUUAAUCCUAAUGGAUGUCCGAUUUCUGCAACAUUCUACGUUUCUCACGAAUGGACUGACUACAGUCAAGUGCAGAAUCUUUAUUCCGAUGGUCACGAAAUGGCAUCACAUACCGUCUCCCACAGUUUCGGUGAACAAUUCUCAUUGAAGAAAUGGGCACGAGAAAUUGCUGGGCAGCGUGAGAUUUUAUCCGCAUAUGGUGGUGUUAAGCAAGCUGACAUUCGCGGCAUGAGAGCGCCUUUCUUGUCGAUUGGCGGUAAUAAAAUGUUCAAGAUGUUACACGACUUUAACUUUACCUACGAUUCAUCAAUGCCGGUCUAUGAAAACCGACCACCAAGUUGGCCUUAUACUUUGGAUUAUCGCAUUUUCCACGAUUGCAUGAUCCCGCCUUGUCCAACGAAGAGUUAUCCGGGUGUGUGGGAAGUUCCUAUGGUGAUGUGGCAGGAUUUGAACGGUGGACGUUGUUCAAUGGGAGAUGCAUGUUCCAAUCCAGCAGAUGCCGAUGGCGUUUACAAGAUGAUCAUGAAGAACUUUGAACGUCACUACACGACCAAUCGAGCUCCAUUCGGCUUGUACUAUCAUGCAGCAUGGUUCACUCAACCACAUCAUAAAGAAGGCUUCAUCAACUUCCUUGACGCAAUCAAUGAAAUGCGCGAUGUUUACAUCGUCACAAACUGGCAGGCUCUUCAAUGGGUCCGAGAUCCUACACCAAUGUCAAGAAUAAAUUCAUUCCAGCCAUUCCAGUGUAAUUAUCAGGAUCGUCCAAAAAGAUGCAAUAACGCGAAAGUCUGCAAUCUUUGGCAUAAGUCUGGUGUGCGAUACAUGCGCACAUGUCAGCCGUGCCCUGAAAUCUACCCUUGGACCGGUAAAUCCGGAAUUCGUUCAUCACGAAUCGACAAUGAUCUUGAAGUGGUGGAGAGUACUUAAGUGACUACCGUUGUAUUGUAAAAUUAUCAACUUUAUUUAUUUCUUUAAUUCAUCUUUCAUCAUAAUCAACAGCAAUAGUUUUUUUUAUAAUUUCGUUCACAUUCGAGAUUAGAAAAAUCAAAAAUUAUCAAAAGAAAGUUCAUCUCCUUAGUUAGUUAAGUUUCAUUUUCAAAAUUUUCCUACAACACCUUAAUAAGCUUUAAGCAGCGUGAUUAACAGUGAGCGCAUGUGUUACUCCAAUUAUUCACCCAGAAUGAAUUUAUAGAUAAUUAAGGCUGUUUAUGCGAGUUUGCAGUUCUUAAACGCAUCUCUUGAACAUUUAAAUAUAUUUAAUUAAGUAAAGAACUGCUGUAAAUUCGAUGAAUAUUAGAUGAAAAAAAUUUUUUGAAGAUCAUUUGAAGCCAUUUUUGAGUUGGCAAUUUCGAUUAUAAAAAAAUUAUAUUAACUUUAAAAGAAGACUUGAAAGAUUGCUUGAAAACAUUCGAUCAGCAUGAAAUUUUAAAUAAAAAAGAAGCAUUUCGCGUGUGCUGAGUAACGAAAUGAAUGCCAUAUUUACCAAGCCGUGCACAAAAAAAAAUGAGAAAAAAAAUAUUUUCGUGGUUACAUGAAUUGAAGCUGAUCGAACGAUAAGCACCGUUGACAAGAUGUCCAAUACGCAUCGUAUAAUGUCGCAACAAUGUUCAUUCAUCAUAACAUAUCACUGCCAUUCUGAUUUUAUUUAAAGCAAUUUUUACUUUUUCCCACAUUCUUACAAGUAAUGCGCGAUGUGAUGCGUUGCAUAUUUUGUCAACGGGGAGUCGAUAGCUUAAGAAAUUGAAUAAAGAAAGAAGCUUAAUUGUUUUUUCUUCUUUGAAUUUAUGAAAUUCAUACUUAAGCUCCAUAAUUAUUUUUAAACCUUUUACUUUAAAAAGUCGCUUUGUAAAUAUUUUUUUUCUUUAAUACUCUUUAAAACUUUUGUUUUUUUUUUCUAUCAAAUUUUACUCUUCACAAAUCAACGAUCUGUCACCCAUUUAGAAUUUAAAUCAUAAACGAAAACAUUUGUGAUGAACAAUCAAUCAUGAUCGAUUAUGUAAAAUAAAGGAAAGUUAGCCGUACAAUUGUAAUAAAUAAAAAAUUGAACAUGAAAUAAAAUAAAUAAAAUAAAAG